UUUUGCCUUUUGUCUUGCCUUUUUUUCCCCCAAGCUGAAUCUGAUGCUCGGAAAGUGAGCUCUCUCCAACUGCCAAGAUGGUAAUAAACGUCUGUCUCCCACAGUUCAAGCCAAGAAUUCACUGCAACAAGAUUUCUGCUGAUGGUUACGAAGUGGAGAAUCUGAUCUCCGAAGACCUUGCCAGGAGAAAUCGCGGUUUCCGCAGCGAAUACUUCAUCAAACCUCCAGUCCACGUCACCAUCUCUUUUCCCUUCAACAUUGAGAUCUGCAGAAUUAAUAUUGACAUCUCAUCCGGCGGUUACCAAACCUUCUCCGGGCUCGAAGUUUACACCUCUACCUCAUGCAAUAAAACCUCUUGGCAGAGCCCCGAGGGUCAGUUCUCAGGCCUGGCCGGUCAGCCUGUGUCAGACAAAGACACUUUCACACUGGUGGGCAAAGCUGUUUUAAAGAAUCAAAGCAAAGUGACGUUCGGCCACCGAGGCUUCAAGCCGAGGCCUCCUUUCCACCAGAUGGAAAAUGUCUUCUCCUACCCUGGCUCUGCCUCUCAAGACCUCUGGAACAAAGGGCCCGCCUCGCUGAGCAACGUCUCGCACUUAAGGAUCUGCAUCACCCACGUAGCCGGGGGUGGCCUGCCUUGCAUUAAGAGGCUGGAGGUGUGGGGACAGCCUGCCAAGUCCUGCCCGCAGGAGGUGAUCGAGGGGGUCUUUCAGGUGGCCUCCCAGUUCUUCGCCCAGGAUGUCGGCAGCCUCAAGCCGGAGCUCUGGACGCCGAUGGAGAGCGACUGCGUGCCCUUCAGCGCCAGUGACAGCGAGCAGCAGGCCCUCCGCAAGCUGGUGGAUGUCGUCCAGGACAUCCCUGAAGAAUUCCUGGACCCGAUCACUCUGGAGAUCAUGACCUUCCCCAUGCUCCUGCCCUCCGGGAAGGUGAUUGACCAGACCACCUUGGAAAAAUGCAACCGGAGUGAGGCGUCUUGGGGCAGGGUACCCAGCGAUCCUUUCACUGGGGUGGCCUUCAGCCAGCACUCGCAGCCCCUACCUCACCCUACCCUCAAGGCCAGGAUAGACCACUUCCUCUUACAGCACAGCAUCCCUGGCACCAACCUGCUUGGCAGGGCUCACGCCUCGGAAACGCUCGUACCUUCUUCCAUAACAAUGUCUUCUCUGAAAAGGAAAAUGGACUGUAUGGAUCAGAGCUCCGCCCAGCCACCUUAUUUUUCUUCUACAAACUUACUUGUCACGUCUACCUCAGAGAACAGUGCGAAAAAAAUGAAAACGGACAGUGACUCGCACUGGAUCCAAAUGGACUGUUCCACAGAUACGGUCUCUCAUGAACAAAAACUCUCGGAGAGUUUGGACACAGCCUUGAACUCGGCACUCAGCUCGAUGCCCUCGUUCACGGCCAAGCUGAUGAAAAGCCAGCAGCAGGCGCAGAGCGAGGGAGGCUGCAGCAGUUCGUGGAGCGCAGGCACCAUCCUCGAGCACGGCAGGCGGAGCCAAACCCAGGGAUGCGCUUCCCAUGGCAAAUCUAACCCUCCCCACUUUCAAUUUAAA